AUGAAAAAAAACAGUGCCUUCCACAGUUUCAUUCCGGUCGCUCUCCUUUCUGUUUCAGCGGGAACCAACCUGGUGGGCAAGUUCACGCAGAGCGUGCGGCGCAUCGUCCAGGACGUCAAAGACGAGGGCACCUCCAGCGGCCAGACCAAGGAGGAGGUGAUCGAGACGAACGAGCGACUCCGGGCGGUGCGCGUCCGCCUCGAGGACUCGUACGACACGGCCAAGCGCUCGCUCAUCACGCUCAUGAGCAAGUACACCGAGAGCAAGAACGUCCGCAACGUCUUCCAGCGCUACAACCUGCUGAAGGCCAUGAUCAAGGAGGUGAUCCGACUGGAGACCCAGUACUGGACGCUGGUGGACAUCCCGAAGCAGGAGAAGCAGGAGACGGUGCCGGCGUUCGUGCUGCGCGCGUGCGCCAUCAUGGAGAAGACGCAGAAGUCCGGCGAGGGCGUUAAGACGUCGGCCAAGCUCGCUGAGGAGGAAGAGAAGCGCCGCGAGCGCAUCGACCGCCUCGAGAAUAUGACAACUUUGCAGAUUGAGUCAGAAAACACUCAGAUGACCAAUGAUUUAUACCGUCUGCUCAAGAAGUAUUCGGGUCUCAGGAAUCUUAUAAGGGAACUCAAGUCUGAGUAUAUGAAUUCAAAGGUGUAUCCUAUAUUUCCACGUUACACCAUUUUGAAGGAUAUGAUCAAGGACAUCAUGCAUGAUCCAGAUUACAUGGAAGUAUGCCAUGAAGUGGAUGUUUAG